UUGUAAGUUCCACAGCUGAAGCAUAGUCCUUUGUUUUAUGAGUAUUUGCCAUUCUCUGCUCUUGGUUGGUUUUGUUCUUCUUCUUACUUGAGACUGUGUAACUAACAUUACGUUACAAGAAAAGCUCCUAGUAAUUAUCACCCACCAGAUUACAAUUAUAUAAUAGGCAACCUGAUAUCACAUGUAGACCCAUGAUGCUCCCUCAUGUGGAUGACUCAACCGGAUGAUGACUGUGACUCAACCGGAUGACUAGAGUCUAGGGUAUGCACUGAGUAUGGGGCAUGGAGAGAUAAUGAUCCAGAUGGUCUAUGCCAAGUACACAAUCUAUAUAAGAACACAGUUUCUAGCACUAGGAUUAGAAGUAGUAGUUGUUAAUGUUCAGCAAGCUCAACACGAAUGUUAGUAGUGCGGUAUGGCUGAUUUUUUUGUUUUCAACGCCCACCAUUGGUAGCUUUGAAAUUGAUCAUGUUGCUACUCAGUUACUGCCAAAGGAUGCUCCUGACAAUUCAGUACCAGUGAAAGUGCUAGGAGAUGGUAACUGUCUCUUUCGGGCUGCAAGCUUUCUAGCUUAUGGCAAAGAGGACCACCAUGACCAACUUCGUGCUGCUGUGAUGACAGAGGUAGAUGACAACGUCGAGCACUAUGCUGAUCUGUUUCUAGGCCAUGCGCGUCAAGCCAGUGGUGACGGUCAAUGUGUAGAUCUACUUUCCCAAACUCUUGGCGAUGGACCAAGCCACACGUUUUCCUCAUUGCUGAUGCAAAAGUCUUCUCUUCGUGAUUCAUACGUUGCUGGCGUAGAAGCAGAAGUGAGAUUAUGUUCAAAGUUGGGUACUUGGUGUGGCAUGCUUGAAUUAGCUGGCUUGGCUACUGUCUUUGGACGCCCAGUACGCUCUGUCUACCCAACAAAGUUUCGCUUCGCCUGCCAUGCUUUCAUGAAUGCUACAUUUUAUCCUCGUCAGCUAAUGCAACAAGAACUGCAGCAGGAACAAAUCCCCGCAAUAAUCAUGUGGUCUUGCAUGACAAUGUCGGUGGGCAACUCACCCAGUCCAAACCAUUUUGUGCCUUUGUCAUCCCAAUGA